AAUAUCAAUGUCAGAGAAAUUAUACGUUUUUAUAUAUGCAUAAUCUAGAAGUAAAAUCACUGCCAUAACCAUAACAUUGCAAGGUUAAUAACAUGGGGUCCGCACGUGACAUACUACACCAAAAAUCGCAGACUGCAUCUUUAACUAGGUCAAUGAGGAACAUCAAGAACUCGUGCAAUUCUAGCACCCUCACGUGGCAGAGAAUUAUUAUUGCCUACGCCUGGGUGAAAACAUUCGUGGCUAUAUGUAAAUGUCGUUAAUUAACACUUAUCCUCGACAUUGGAAUAGCGAUAUUGUCACUCGUGAUACAGUAAUCGUGCUGCUUAUGUGGUUAAAAUGUGAACGGUCCCUAUGGUUCAAAGGUACGUCGAGUUGCUGAGAUCAGCCCAGUUAUUGUUUCUCUUCAAUGGAGAUGAAACGCAACGUAGGCGGGGCCAUUUCGUUGAACUAGCUAGCUAGGUAACCUCCACAGCUAAAGUCGGGAAGGACGUGAGACCACACCAUGCAAUCUAUGGACUACACUCGUUUUCCACUAUAAUUCCGAUGAGGAUGACUAAAACGCGAAUGACUACAGCUCCCAGCCCGAGAAGCAUGGGGGACAAGAGCCAAAACUGCACAAGCGCGUCGGUGGAUCCAGUAUGGCCGGCAAAUGGAAAUACUGACUCUACAAAACAUACCGGUGAUAUCCCAUCACAUUGCGAAAACGCACUCGAAAAUGUUCCACAACUGGUAAUCACAUGUGAUGUGAGACCAUACCGAAUUGAUUUGGAGACCAUGAGGUUUAGUGGGCUCUCCGUUGGCUCCCAUCCCGACGAGGAGUCAAUUUGCUCGGACAGUGGGUUUGGAGGCUCCCCCGCAUCGCUCCUACUCAGAAAACUGUCAAAUGCUUCAUCGUCUGGGUUGUCGCCAGCCUCGUCUUUUGAAGAAUAUGAGGACGACCGCGGCUGUCCCGAUGGCUAUCCCGAUGAAGUCCCCCGGAGCGUCAUAUGGAAAAAACCCAGAAGCACAGGGACAACAUCUCCCCUCUCGGUGCCCCCCAAGAAGCCACAGCCCUGGGUUCAAGUGGUUGGACAUGCAGGGAGCUUCCAUGCUGGGGACGAUGGGAUGCUGCUGAAGCGUCACACUGAGGGAGAGCAGCAGUGCCUACAGAGGCUGAUGGAGGACUCCCUGAGAUCCUUUGUUCCAGCCUACCACGGAGUCGUGCGGCGUUCUGACCAGGACUACAACAUGAUGGACGACCUGCUGGCCCACUUCAGCUGCCCUGCCAUCAUGGACUGCAAGAUGGGCACCCGGACAUACCUGGAGGAGGAUCUGGCUAAGGCUCGGGAGCGGCCCCAGCCUCGUCGGGACAUGUAUGAGAAGAUGGUGGACGUGGACCCAGAGGCCCCAACUGCAGAAGAGCGAGCCCUGCAGGCUGUGCUGAAGACCAGAUACAUGCAGUGGAGAGAGACCCUGAGCUCCACCACUACCAUGGGCUUCCGCAUUGAAGGAAUCAAGAAAGCUGAUGGAGUGUGCAACACCAACUUCAAAAGGACCAAAAGCAGGGAUCAGGUGAUUGAAGCCCUGCAGGACUUUGUGGGAUCCGACGGCCUCGUUCUGAGCGGCUAUCUGAGACGGCUGAAGGAGCUUCGGCUGGUGUUGGAAUCAUCAGACUUCUUCAGAACACACGAGGUGGUGGGCAGCUCCCUGCUGUUUGUGCAUGACGGUACAGGGAGGACUGGAGUGUGGAUGAUUGAUUUUGGGAGGACUGUUCCCCUGCCGCCACCUCUCACCCUGGACCACCGCACCUCAUGGGUAGAGGGCAACCGAGAGGAUGGGUACCUGUGGGGGCUGGACAACCUGAUUGAUGUCCUGACUGACAUGCUACCUCUCACCUGAACUGAACCUCAAUCUGACAUAGGGACCUCAUCCCAAAACACCUCUCUCAUCUUAACCAGAACAUGUUUGUUUUCACCAGAGAGGGUUGGCAACCAAGUAGUGACAGGAAGCUCGGCUCUUUUUACUGACUCUGACCUUUUCAACUUGUUCACACAAAAAAAUUAUACAUUUUGACUAAUGCUUUGAGCAUGCAGGAUUGUCUUCCGACAACAAUCAAAUAAAACCCUUUUUGUUUUAUACCAUUUGAACUUAGUUCUAUAGUUAUAACUCUGGUAUCGAGUUAUCUGUUGCCACGAGGGAUUAGUACAAUAUUGCAUGCUACGGCCUUGCUAAACGAUUUGUUCUCAAGUUUGGGUUAAUGCAGGCCACGUAGCCUAUUGCCUCUACAAAGCUGUGAAUUUGAAAUUCAAUUAUCAAUGAAUAGCAAAUUCUCUGAAUCAUGCACUCAAUUUCUGAACUGGUAAUUUUCUUUCUAUACUUCCUUUAGCAUGAUCCAUUUUGUUACUUGCCCAUAUGAUAACUGAGUUGAGUGUCAAUGAAAGGAGCCGUUCAAAGAAAAUGAGUAAUUCACCAACUGCAGACUGCUGUUCAUGGAUUGGGCUGGGAUUCAGUGUUCAGGAUUUCGGGUGUUAUGUACUACUGUCUUUGUUUGUUAAUGAAGGCAAAGGGAUAUUAACUGGUGUGAAUAAUAGUACAUUAGUAGAACUGUACAACAGUGCAAAAAGAAAAACUGCCCUUUUAUCUUUUUCCACAUAUCCCUAUGUUCUAUUCCAAAUGUACUUAACAAGCAUCAACAAGUGUUUCUUACUGCAGUUAAGGGAGCCGUAGGACCUAAACAAGCCAUUUUGAUACUGUUCUGCUGUACAUAAUGGAGUCAGCCAAGCAGCCCUACGUGUUUGAACUCCUUCCAUGGAGGGCAGAGUGUCGCAGGUUUAUGCUCCUAUCUUGAGCUUCCCUGGUUGUCUAGGACUUGAGUGGAUACUAAUAUGAAGGAAAAGAACAACAAGAACUAGCCCCUAAUGAAUGCGUUUGACACCCCUGAUCUAUGACCUGUGUCAAUGAACACUGCCUUGGACUAUUUAGCACUUCUAUGGGAGAGUGUGUGACUUCAGAGGGAGGUGUACAACUGUAAACAGUAUGCCUUCAGGGAUAGAGCCUUUUGGGGUAUCCUGUAGGCUGGAACUAUGAUAAUGUGUUAAUCUUAAAAUGUUCUGUAUUAUCCGAUUAACAGUUCUUAAAUUGGGAAAAUCUGACAAUAUACAUUUUAGCAGCUUUAAAUGUAAAUAUUUUGUUAUUUAAGGAGUGCAAUUACACAUCUUUUUCUAUUGAUGAGACUGGUUUUUCCCUGACUUUUGCUAUACAACGAAGAUAUGAAUGGGUCUAUGUCCAAACUGUGUUUUAAGGGUAUUAUGUAAGUAGCAGUUCAUAACAUUGACAGAUUUAGCCAGGAACUUCAGAAUCAGUACAACUGACAUUUGUGCUAAGUUUUGGACCUGGCUACUCAAAUGAAAGCCAUUAAAAUAUGGACCAAUUCA